AUGAACAAUUGUUGCCUUUGUAAAUCAAGAUGUAGAUUUAUCCAGUACUUGGCGGAUAAACUGGACAAGUUUGGCAUAAAAUUCUGGCUACCAACUGACGUAAAAUCCAAAUAUGUUUUGAAUGGUUAUCCUUAUCUGGGCAAGGAUGAAGAACGACCAACUAAUUUACAACAUGGGGAAAGUGUAGUUCUCAAAUUACUGCAACCACAUCUGAAUUCCGGACUCAAUGUCACAAAAAUUCUCACAACUGACAAUGUUUUUACUUCUGUGAAACUUGCAGAUGAACUUUCUGUGAAAAAAACCACAAUUGUCGGGACGAUGCAUCUGAAUAAGCGAGAAUUACCCCCUAUUGCUCGUGACACUUCUUCGGCACGAUAUUCAUCUUUUGCACUGAAAAAUGGAAACAAAACACUCACAAUAUAUAGGUGCAAGAGCAAAACGAAUAUCGUGAUUCUGAGCACGAUGCACAGUAACGUGUUUGUUGACGAUAGCAUAAAGAAAAAACCGAACACUGUCACUUACUACAACAGUACAAAAUGUGGCAUUGAUGUCGCAGAUCAGAUGCUGAGGAAAUAUAGUACAAGUAGUGGAAGUCGCAGGUGGCCUGUACAUGUUUUUUACAACGUCCUUGACAUUGCUGCACUCAAUGCUUGA